AUGCGCCAUCCAACACUCUCCCAAUUGGAGGGCAUCGUCCAGACACAUCUGCCAGGACACAGCCAGACCACCGUGACGGGAUUCACACAGCUCAAGAACAUCGGAUACAGCUACACGCGCUCCAUACGGACCUAUAUCCUCGAUCUCGCGCCAGCGGGCUCUGCAAAGUCCACAUGCUGCUGUUUCCUCACCAUCGAUGUCUCCCCGUCCUCUAAUUCCGAUUCCAACUCGCUCCCCACAAUCCACAACCUCUUCAAACUCCUACACGAUGCCUCGUCCUCGCUGCCCUUCCCCAUCCCAAUACCCAUUCUCGACACAACUCUAACCACCCUCCCCUUCCCAUUCAUUCUUACCCCUCCUCCUCCUACUUCCAGCGGCACAUACACCUCUGAAAACAUCACCACCCUCGCACACGCACGCAGAACAGUUCUCAACGCCAACACCAAAGCAGACACUCUGCUAGAUCUGCAGAUAGGCGCGUUGCUGGGCCGCGCACAUGCACUCGUGCAGAACGACUUUUUCGGGCCUGUUACCAUUACACCUGAGGCCAACGCUGCUACUACAUCCAGUAUACCAGAGCCGACGGAGCCAGGGCAGACGUACAGCUGGCAAGAAACAUUCACGCACCUCCUCGAGUCUCUCUUAUCCGCGUUCGAACUUGCGUCCGAGUCCGAGUCCGAGUCCGAGUCGGCACUCGACAUCCCAUAUACCCAGAUCCGCGCGCACCUCUCGCGCGCCAUCGGAUUCUUUCUCUUCGACGACGCGGAUACACCCUCGCUUGUAUGGUUCUCCGGGUUCGAAGAGGAUAUUCUGUUACUCACUUCGCGUGCCGCACUAGAUUCAGAUGCAGAGAUGAAUGUUAGUAUAGCAGCUAUCCUCCCGUCCAUGUUCACCCAUGCGCUCUGGGCCGACCCGCUCCUUGAGUCGUUUUUUCUCCCUUCACCCAAUCGCCCCUCCCAAGCUCUAAAUGAAGCGUAUCUUUCGUCUGGCGGCAAACACCUUCUUCUAUUCCCCCGCCAGCGCACGAAGCGUAUAUGGUAUUCCCUGUUUUUGGGUCUUGUUGUGCUGCGCGAGUGGUGUUUUGGUGCAGCUCAGGGAAGUGUGAAAAGAGGGACGGAAGAUGAAGGCGGAGAUGAAGACAAAAACGAAGAAAGUGAAAAUGAAAAUGAGACAAUUAAACAGUGGGCGCUAAAAUUGGUUCUCGAGUCCACUAAAGCGCUCGAGAGCGCACCUUGUUAUUGA